AUGACCACAUUGCACUGUUCAUCUUUGCAGCAUGUGGUGGCACAGGCACUGCCAUCGGCCACUUUAACCGAAUAUAGAGCUGGAAAAUCGGUCGAAGUCUGGGAUCUCGUCUUUAAGCCUGUCAUAGAAAAAGUAUAUUAUGGCGAAGGCCUCGGAAGCUAUCAAACGGUCCGGUGGUGUCAGCGGAGGCUGUUCACUGCUGGAUACAACGGCUGCGUAUAUGAACUCGAUAGUCACUCAGCCCUUCCUAAGAGCCGGCAACAGUUUACGACCAGUGCGAUAUGGUGUAUGGAAAAGAAUCCGACGGAGACUAAACUUGCGCUGGGAACAGAGGACGGUUCGAUUAUCUUUCUUUCCGUUGAUACCAAUUUGAUAAUCGAAUUUUACUUGACGCGGUCAGAGUCCAGGAUAUUGAGCCUUGCUUGGAGCUUGGACGGCAACAAAAUCGUCAGCGGCUGCGAUGACUGUAUUCGUAUUUGGAACGCUGUCGAUCGAAAGGCGAUCACCCGCAUUAGCGUUGACCGCCAACAGAAAACCGUUAGCACGUCCAUUUGGGCUUUGAAAGUUAUUCACGACUUUAUUAUCGUCAGUGGGGACAGUCGAGGAUAUACGAGUUUUUGGAACGGUGAAACCGGAUGUCUCAUUGACGCCUACAAGAGUCAUAAAGCCGACGUUUUGGCUGUAUGCUAUGAUUCUGAAAAAAGAUGCGUCUAUUCCUCAGGUGUCGAUCCGAUCAUCUGCGAGUAUGUACCGGUCAUGAAAGGAUCGGCAGCUAAACAUCCUAGGUUCAAUUUUCCCGAUAAUGCGUCGCUGCGGUACGCUGAAAGCAUUCGUCGAAACCUGCAUUCACACGACGUCAAAGACUUGACGAUGGCCGGUAAAUGGCUGCUGUCCGGGGGCGUUGACACCUUCCUGGCCAUGAGUUGCUAUCCACCGAAGACCGUUCUUCAUUUUCCUCCUUUCAGAAAGGACGUUGCAAAGUGUUGUGACGACCGUCGCUGUAUCUUAUUCCAGUACAUCGACAGUUUAGAAGUUUGGAAACUUGGAUCUGCCGAAGAAAUUCCGGCGGCCAAGCUUUGUAACGACGGUCAGAGAUUGCGGCUAUUGAAAACUCCUCAAAAGCUGCUUGUGAUCAAAGCCAAAGCUGAACAAAGCAUCCUCUGCAGUGCCUUUAGUCGUUGCGGCAACUUCAUAGCCUACUCAGACAAGCGUUCCACGCGAGUAUUUUGGUGCAAAUACGAAUCGACUGAGGAAGGUGUGAUCUCUUCGUGUACGGUUUCGUCACUAAAGUAUCAUGAGGGCGACAUGGAAUUCAGCGAUGCAAUUUGUUCUCUGGCAGCUGACACAUUCGUAUGCGCUGUUGGACCCUCCCUGACGGCCUUACUGGUCAGUGAACAGCAGUGUACGGUUGUGAGCCGUACUGUAAUUAGCGAUCACCCCGUAAUGGUUACGGCUUUGCAAGGCUCUUGGUCAGAUUCUGUGGUAGCUGCUGCUUUAUCGGACUAUCGCGUUAUCAUUGCUGAUAUUAAAGCGCAAACGGUUUUAUGCCAGUUGCCGAGCUAUGUUGCGGUUGCGAUAGAUCUGUGUUUCAGCUCAGAGUCACACGACCUUUUAGUUUUAUACUCGGAUGGCGAACUAGUUGAGUUCUGCUCCGAUGAAAACCGCUACACUACGUUCUCUCGUACUAAGCUCGAGAAGGCGGUGCAACGUUUCAACUGGAACUGUUCUCCCCUAGGCGUCGUCGCAUCCAAGAACCUGCCCAGUUUGAUCUGGAUCUAUGGCUGUAACCAGUGCCUGGUGCUCGAUCGGAAAAGGAUGGUAAAUAUUGCUGGCAGUGAAAGAGCACCGUGGUUUCGUGGCACUGACCGUUUCAGUUACCUCAUUACGCUGCUCGUUUUGUCUGGCAGUGAAAUGAUGACCGUUGAAAUCGCUCAUGACAAGUUAUUACAGUCCCUACCGCCGGUGCUGAAAAAGAAAGGCUUUGGCACCGGCUGA